AAUCAGUUGCUUUAGUUACGUGCCUCAGACCAAAACCUAUCCAAUGCAUUGUGGGAUUGUCAUUUGAGCCACAAAGUCAGUCUCGCGCUGCGCAGGGAAACUGUUGUUCGAGAACUCGUGUGUCAAUACAUAAGUCUUUAUGCGCAGAUUAGACUGGAAUGCGCUGUGUCGAUUGGACUUACAUGUAAACAGGAAUGGAGAGUUGGAUAUGAUAAUAUCUGGUGGUAAUACAGAUUAUGUACAUGGAAAAUGAAUCAUGACAUUACGUAAUACAUAUCGUGGAAUACAGUAUUUGACAAAGUGAAGCCUCGUCUGGAUUUAAUCAACCGUGCUUUCCCGACCAACCAUAAUGAAGAAGCAGAAUGUUCGGACACUUUCACUGAUUGUGUGCACGUUUACAUACCUCUUGGUUGGAGCAGCCGUUUUCGAUGCGCUGGAAUCAGAAAAUGAGCGAUACGAUAAGCAAAGAUUAUUGAAAGAGGAGGAGACGUACAUGAAAAAGUACAAUAUAGACCCAAAAGACUGGGAAACCAUCUCCAGAAAUAUAUUCUACAUCCGUCCAUACAAAGCUGGGAUACAAUGGAAGUUUGCCGGCGCGUUUUACUUCGCCACGACCGUCGUUACUGUGAUAGGUUAUGGGCACAGCACCCCGAAGACAACAGGUGGGAAAAUAUUCUGCAUGGGUUACGCUUUACUCGGGAUACCCCUAUGCCUCGUCAUGUUCCAGAGUAUCGGAGAACGGCUGAAUACAUUCAUAACAUUUCUAAUCAAGAAUAUCAAAAAGUGCUUAAAACUCAAAAAGACGGACGUGUCGCAGACGAAUUUGAUAAUGGUUGGCGGCAGUCUCUGCCAGACUGUGCUCCUUUCUGGCGCGGCCGCGUUUAGUUACUAUGAAGGCUGGGACUACAUAGACGCUUGUUAUUACUGCUUUAUAACCCUGACCACCAUUGGUUUUGGUGACUUUGUAGCCCUGCAAAAAAACGAGUCUUUGCAAAAGCGUCCGGAAUACGUGGCAUUUAGUUUGAUUUUCAUCCUUUUCGGCUUAACCGUGGUGUCAGCCGCCAUGAAUCUGCUCGUUCUCCGAUUCCUCACGAUGAAUACCGAAGAUGAACGAAAGGAUGAACUCGAGGCUAUGGAGGCAGCCAGGACGGCGGUGCGGUUGGAUGGUGACGUCAUCACAGCAAAUGAAUAUGACAAACAGGAAGUUGAAAUCAGACCAGAACCUUUUCCAACACAUCAACAUCAGUGACGUCAAGAGAAAGACGCCUUGUGAUUGGUUGUUGGACGAUAAAGAAUGACGGGAUACGCCGAUCGACUAACACCUGGCGGCUUACAGUAUGAAGAGAAGAAAAGAGACAAUGUACUUUAUGCUACAGAACGCUCGGUCUUAUUAUCAUAGCAAUUUCAAUUACGGCUCGGUGCUGCCAUCUACGGUUCGACGUAGAACCGUAAGGACUCUACAGUAAAUACAAAUAAAUGGCGUUAUGUA